GGAAUGUGAUUUGUUAUUUGUUUUUAUUGAACGUGGUUUUUAAAUUUUUAUAUUUAAAACUCACUGAUUAGUGAUUAGGGAGAAACUUUUUACAAUGUCAAUACAUGUAGAAAAUAAUUUAAAAGACUCAAACUGCAAGGACGUGUUUGAACAAAAAGCUCAAUAUAUCCCAUGUAAAAUAGAAGCAGAUGGUACUGCUAAUGUUAGCCAAUACUUUGAGCCCUAUGUUAAUGAUAACGGUAACGGAGAGUUGACAGCAACAUUCCGAGGUCAUGCAUUAGAUGGAGUUAUAGUGCCAUUACCAGAAGGCUACAGAGGAGCUAUGCUCACUGAAGCUCACAGACCUUUGUCCGAAGAUUCUGACAGAAAAUUCCAUGUAGCAUCUCUCUUCAAGGAUAUUAUGUACUGGAACUGGGAUAAGAAACCAUCUAAAAAUGAUAAUCUUGUGAAAGCGCUGGAGUGGAUUGACAUUGCUGAUGCUGUAAGUAAUGAUAAUUCAUCCUUUUAUUGA